ACCAAAAGUGUGAUCACUCCGCCAUUUUGCUACUACAUUUUAGUCAUACCACGUCAAAUACUUGUUGUUUGUGCUUGGGUUACUGAAUUCGUUUAUUUCGCAGUGUUAUUUAAGUUUUAUUGUUUUUUGUGUGUUACAAACUAAAAAAGACAAUGGUAUCGUGCGCUAAGAGAAGUUGUAAUCAUAGAGCUGGUGUGGAUAAAAAGAAAACGUCUGGAAUAACAUUUCAUAGAUUUCCAAAGGAUCCAGAACAUAGAAAAAAAUGGAUUACUUUUGUAAAUAGAGGAGCUUGGGUACCUACAAAAUAUAGUGUGUUAUGCUCUAAGCAUUUCUCCGAAAAAUACAUUGACCGAACCUCCAGAUCUCUUGUUAGAUUAAGAGAUAAUGCUGUGCCCACUAUUGAUCUUAUGCAGGUACAUAAUAAUAAUAGUGAUUUCAACUUUCAACAUGUGGAGAAAAAGGCAGAUUGA